AUGGUGCCGCGGUGCUGGGCCGUGCUGGGUGGCCGGGCUGUCCCGGCGGCUGCCAGUGUCGUGCUGUCGCGGUGCUGGGCCGUGCUGGGCGGCCAGCCCCCGUGGAGGCCGGUCUCCCUCCUCCUCAGCCCGGUGCCGCUGCCGGCGGGGGGCCGGCAGCUGCCUUUCUCCACAACCUGCGCGCGGUGCUCAAAGAACAGGCGGCUGAGGCAAAAAAGAGUCAUUUCGGAGAGGAAACUGACACGCUAUUUCGUGGAUCACCGGAAGGUGCGUGUGGUUGGAGGACAAGGAGGAGGAGGGGGUCAUUCUUUUUAUAGUGAACCCAGAAAAAUAUUUGGAGGUCCUGAUGGUGGAAAUGGAGGUGAUGGGGGUCAUGUCAUUUUGAAAGCUGACCAGCAAAUGAAAUCGCUUUCUUCAGUCCUCCCCUUCUAUCAGGGUUUUCAUGGAGAGAGAGGAGGAAGGAAAAACUGUUAUGGAGCUAACGGUGCAUAUGUGUAUGUUAAAGUCCCUGUAGGUACAUUGGUUAAGGAGGAUGGGAAGGUUGUGGCUGACCUCACUCAACAUGGUGAAGAGUAUGUUGCAGCUUAUGGAGGAGCUGGAGGGAAAGGUAAUCGCUUUUUUCUUUCCAAUGAAAACCGAGCUCCAACAUUAUUUACUCCAGGAGAGCCAGGUCAGGAGAGGGUCCUCCAUUUGGAACUCAAGACAACAGCUCAUGCAGGAUUGGUGGGCUUUCCCAAUGCUGGCAAAUCAUCGCUUUUGAGAGCAAUCUCCAGUGCAAAGCCAGCAGUGGCUGCCUACCCAUUCACAACCCUAAAUCCCCAUGUUGGCGUUGUCCACUACCAAGACUAUGAACAAGUAGCAGUUGCUGACAUUCCUGGCCUAAUAAAAGGUGCUCAUCAAAACAGGGGCCUCGGGAUGGCCUUCCUAAGGCAUAUUGAACGCUGCCGCUUUCUCUUGUAUGUGGUGGAUCUCUCUGUAUCUCAGCCAUGGAUUCAGCUGCAAGACUUAAAAUAUGAACUGGAACAAUAUAAAAAAGGAUUGUCUGAGAGGCCUUGCGUUGUCAUCGGGAAUAAGAUUGACCUUGCUCAGUCCAGGAUCAAUCUGCCACUCCUUAAAGAACAGAUAGAUGACCGGGUCAUCGCGUUGUCUGCGUUGACAGGAGACAACCUAGAGGAACUGUUGUUGCAUUUGAGAGAACUGUAUGACACUUAUGUGAAGACAGAACAAUCACGAGGGCAAAGCCCAGUCAAGUGGUAGGAACCAGAACUACUGUGAACUGUACUGGAAGGAGGAAAAAAAAAUGUGAUUUGAUUAGAUUGCAUCUGUGUGGCUUUGGUUUUUUUAUGUU